AUGAUGUAUCACAAAGCAAAACUGUUCAAAGAUGAAGAGAUAGCAGAAGCAAUCCUACACGCAGCGACUCCCGGCAAGUGUCGAGGACUGGGAAGAAGGGUAAAGAAUUUUAAGGCGGACAUAUGGUGGAACAACCGAACACGAAUAGUUUCCGAAGGCAAUUAUCUGAAAUUCACACAAGAUGCAACUUUGAAAGAUCUUCUGGUGAAUCAGCAAGACGCACUGUUUGUAGAAGCAUCACCUUCAGAUGCUAUUUGGGGUGUCGGCUUAGCCGAAAAUGAUCCAUUAAUUCAACAGCGAUCGACUUGGAAGGGAUUGAAUCUGAUGGAUUAUCUUCUGACGGAUAUUGCUCAUCGUUUACGUGACACAAUUACUAAAGAUGAUGUUCAAGAUUAA